UUGAUCGCUAAGCAAACCCAUUACGCGUACUCGCAGAAUCUCUGUAUAAAUCAGAGUUGCAAAGAAGAUCCAAUCGCCGAUGAGAUUUACUCUUUUGUCGUAUUUCACACUUCUGAUAUUGUCGUUGGUUUCAAUUCACAUGGCGGAGGCAGCAUCACCACCGGAAUCGAAGGUUCACAUCGUCUACACUGAGCAGCCCAAGGACGAGGAGCCUGAGGCCUACCACAUCCGAACCCUCUCCUCUGUCGUCGGCAGCGAAGAUGCUGCGAAGGAGGCUUUGAUCUACAGUUACAAGACUGCUGCAAGCGGCUUCUCAGCCAAGCUCACUACUGAACAGGUUGCCGAGAUGCAAAAACAACCAGGUGUUCUUCAGGUUGUCCAAAGCAGGGCACUGCAGCUGCAUUCUGGAACUGGGAUGCGUGCUGGACCUGCAAUUCUACACUGAUGUUGUUACCUAUUGAAAGUAAUAGUCUAUAUAUAAAAGACUAGUGUUUAUCAAUCUAUAUAAAGACAAGUGUUAAUCAAGCUGUUUGCUGUGCUUCUCAAUAAAAAAAGUUAGGCUCGUGUAAUCGAGGCACCUGUGUGUAUGUGCCCUAAUAAUGUGUGGGAUUUGAUUAUAUUUGAAGACCCUGUUUAUGAUUUUUGUUUACGCUACUUGUGAA